CCCGUUGGCCGGAUUACUGUAUGCUACCCACUUGUGGAAUGGGAGAGAAAGCAAGUGAGAGUGAAGGGAUUGAGAUUCCACUUGAUUAGGACCGACCCACUAAUCCGAUUCCUCCCGACCCGUCCUAACCUAAAGGGUCGGAAAGAGUCAAUAAGAAAAUACGAACGGAGAGGAUUAGUCAUAUAUCUUGACUCUUCAGAAGUGGGUCAAACAGGAUCAAGGUUGGGUGAGGGAAAUUUUUAGCGCUAAGCAGAGUUCUGGGUUGAAUAACUUUACUUAGGCCUUGAAAUUGGUGCUGAUGCAGACUCCAGUCUUUAUUAUACCAUCAUCAAUCAUCAUUGAAUUAGUCCUGGGCAUCCCUCCCUGUUGUCGGUCUGAAUUCUAAUGAUGGCUUCGUUCCUUGCACCAGCCAUAUUAGCGAGUUGUCAUCUCGAGCAUGAUUUGCCUAUGUACAAAUGAUACAAUUAGAGUAUGAAACUGAAUUCAAAGAAAAGGAAAAGAGAUUUCUAUCACAUGCCAAUAAAGACACACAUAAUAGUUGAAGCUAAGCGAAAGUCAUUACUCGCACAUCAAUUCUCAAAAAUUACAGACUAAACAAUGGCUAGAAUGACACUGAAACUACCAAGAAUCAUGGACGAAGCAACUUGUCAAAUUAAAUAAUCCUUAUACUGAAACUACCUUCUAACUUGAAAUAAGACAUGAUCACAGUUCAUAGCUCUCUUCUCACUAUGAAUUGGUUGCAGCUCGUCCUAAUCACUGCCUCCCAAGCUCAAUUCAAACAGAAUAGAGACCGUUAUGUAAGAUAACCAUAUUCUUAUUGAUCAUAAUUCCUUUCUUCACUCCAUUUUUGUCGGAGAAAAGAGUUACCCCCUCUCCUGCAUUUCCCUUUCCCCCUCUCUUCUCUCUCUUCUUCACAAACCGAUCCCUAAACCAGCAACAACAACACAAAAAUAGGCUUCGCCUCUGCCAUCUCCAUCUACUGAACGCGUUGGUGGCAAGACAGGACUGCAGAAGCAAAAUUUUCUAAAAUCAAACUAAAUUUUUUGAAGGAGACUCAACCACGAAAAAAUAGUAAAGCAACAAUGCUAAUAGUUCAUAUGGUUGGUUUUGAUGUUAUACAUUGCUUUUGUUCUGGUCUGCAGUAUAUCAACUGCAACAGAAAUGUUUCCUCCAAUCAUCUUUAGUGCACGAUUUAGAAGCAAGUCCUCCUGUUUGUGUCAAACGGAAACAUUCAUGGGUUCUUAACUCCCCUGUUAGUAUAAAAGCAGCAUCAGCAAAGAAGUUUGACAACACAACAAGCACCCAGGAAAAAUGAUACAAUGCAGUAGGUGAUAUGUGUCUCGAAGGUUUUGAGUUACUAAAGUUCAUGUUAAAAAUAAACAUGAAUUAAAAUAGAUUAUUCUAUUAAGCAAACAUCCCCUCUAAUCAUACAAAGAUCAGAUAUCCAAUUCACAAACAAUUAAGCCAUAAAAAAUCAUCACACAUCCACCACCUUUGAUUGCCUAAAUUUGGUUUUUCGCAAAGUUAUGGACUCUUAAGGGUAACGUUCAUGGGUAGUCUGUUUCAUAACUCUAGAGAGCACAGUAAGCAACCACCAGCCAGACACAGUGCGGUAGGCGAAUAUGAUUCUCAAUUCACAAUUUCUCACCACCGGAAGUAAGAACAGACCAUAAUAAGCGUCGCGUUCAUGGGUGGUCUGUUUCAUAGCACUACUACACAAUUUGUUAAAAAAGAAAGAAAGGUAUUUAGCAUCACGGCGGAACAACUUUUACAGGCCAACAACGACAACAUGUUGCAACCACCAGAACUGGUAUCACAACUCAUAGGGAAAAUCAAAAGAUUUACUCUCAAAUUAAGCAGUUACAACAUCGCAAUCGUCAAGCACAUACACCAUCACAAAAGUCACGAAAAGUGAUUCACAAAGCAUUCAAACAUUUGAGGACAUUUCUGCAAAGGUACAACUUAUAUGUCUUUUUCCAAGCCAUUUCCAUCAACAUGCUAAUAAAUUUGCAAUGCAUAAAACAAACGGGCCAAAACUUGAAAUUCAGCCUGUUUGACCGACCCAUGCCAAAUUCUAAUUAUUCUUUACUUUUAAACUUUCUAUUUGAAAAUAAAAAAUAGUGAAAGAAAAGAGACGACUACAAUUCGCCAUUUGCACAUCACUUAUUCGGGAAUAAAACAAUAGAAAUUCAAAAAGAACUAAAAAUAGUUAGGAUCGUUUUAAUGUUUAAAAUAACUAAAUAGAUCUUUUAUGUUUAGUUUUUUACUAACAAAUACCAAACGAUUCCCUAUAAAAUACACUAUAAUUUGAUCAUUAUGAUAUCAAAUAAUUAUAAAAUAUAUAUUUGAAAUGAUAAAAAUUGAACUAAUUGGGUUGGUCGAGGUUGAACCAUGGAAUAACUCUAAAAUACAUUAUAUUUUAGCCACUAAGAUAUAGAAUAAUAGCACAAUAUAUAUUAUGCCAGAGAAAAUAGCUUGUUUUAGAAUGACAAACCAAUGAUCUUCAUUUGUUUCACUUGAUGGCCAAAUCCCAUGUAGGUCAGGCCCAUUCAACUCUUUUAUUUUAUGGUUAGCGAUUAGCUCAUUAGAUACCAUGCAUUCAACUCCUUUUCAUAUAUAUUUUGUCACCACAGAGAAAUAAAAAGGUUUAAAGAAAAAAAUUGACACUCCUGGGCCCGUUUAAAUUUGCAUGUGUACAGUAAGUUGGCCCGUUCCGCAGAGGAAAGAGAAAAAAAUUGACACUUCCUAUUCUACCCUUCCUACAAACGCUCCUCGAGCAUGGAAUUUGAAAUGGGGAAAGGGUUUUUCCCUCCCUGCUAUUAUAUGUUUUUAAUUUAAAAAGAUACAACAAAUGUACUUAGUGUGAUUGGUUAUGAUCUUUGCUUUUCUUUAAAAUGGUCAUGGUUCGAAUCCCAGUACAUGUCUUUUUAAUGAAUAAAAAAAAGUAAUUGUGAAGACUAAAAUGUCCUUCCUACUUUCACUCUCGUUGCAGGAAAUUUGAAAUAGAGCUCCCGUUUUUCCCUUCUGCGUAUUAUAUUAUGUGUAGAUAAUACAGAUUUAGCUCAAAAUAUAAGCUCAUUUCGAUAUUUCACAUAAAUCAAGAAAAAACAAAGUGAGAUACGCUUUGGUAUUGUUAGUAAAUGAUAUAUGAUCCACAACUGUACAUCUCCCAACAAUUUGAGUUAUUGAUAAACAUAUCAAGAUAAUCAUAGUCAGUGGCAGAGGGAAGUGUCAAGGAGAGGGGUCCUAGGAUCCCACUUGGCCAAAAAUUGGGUAACAAAACUCUUUAGAAACAUAGGGUUUUGAUCGUUCAUUCAAGUUUAGGACCCCAUAUUCUCCUCGAUCUUAGCUCGCAUAAGAACCCCAAUCAAUUCAAAGUUCAUUAAAUACACAAGCGAUAGUAUUAGUAUCCUUUUAAGGACUCCAAUAAAUCUAAAGUCUGGCUACGCCACUAAUCAUAGUCAUAAUGGUGAAAUAUUUUGGAACUUCACAUAUCUUGCUCUUUUUGAAAAAAAAAAAACCAUUAGACUAUUAGUCCGGUAGAGAUAUUUUGCCUAACAAAGCAUUUAUACUACAAUCUUUUUUUAUAGAAUUUUUUUAUUAUACUAUAUUAUAUAGGUAUGUGAGUUACAAAUUAAACUUAUAACAUAACC